CAGCGGGGAGGCGCCGCCAGCAGGUACAAACUGCAGCUUAUUGCAGGAAAUGGAUGUCAUCCAGAAGCAGGAUGAAAGCUGUUACUGCUAUGUUCAAAACAGAACUAUUCACUUACAGUACCUUUGGUCAACUCUCCAGAUAAAAGUUAACAGCAAAGAAAAGUUCAGGUUUGAGCCUAUUUCAGAAAAAAACAACUGUCGGUAUUCAGAAACUGUUUUUGAAUUUGCUGCAUGUGCUGUUCAAAUCCUCUGGAAGCCAGAGACAUGUACAGAAACYUUUUUGAGCAUAAAACAGUAUGGAGAGGAUGUUUGUUUCAAAAUCCAACCCUUCAAAAUUGAACCAUACACUGUGAGGGUGAAACGAGAAAUGCUAGAUGGAAAGCUCUUGUUUUUGUUUGUAGCUGGAAUUUUUCUGUUCCAUUUUGCAAACAGCCUAAGCAGGAAUACCAAGUUCUUUUACCUUUCUGGAAUAAUACUGGGUCUUCUUGCUCUGCUAGUCUUUGUCCUGUUGACACUUAAAAGGUUUAUUCCAAGGCACAGUACUUUCUGGAUCUUAAUGAGUGGCUCCUGGAUGGCCUCUCUCUAUUUUAUUUACUGCUUCAAAGAGAAUAUGCAGUGGUUGUGGUCUGAACACAGAAACUACCUGUUGGGGUAUUUUCUGGCUGUUGGGAUCACCAGCUUUGUCGUUUGCUAUCAGCAUGGGCCACUGACCACUGAACUCAGCAUAACCUUGUUCACAUGGACACUCCAGUUAACAGCCUUUGUCCUGAUCUACUGYGGUGUUACCAUCCCUCAAGUUGCAUAUGCAGUCAUAGCAAUCAGCCUCUGCUCYAAAGGCCUCUGUUACCCCCUGGGUGCUGCUUGUCACAUUGCCAGAAAAAUUAAGCAUCACUUUAAAUCAAAAAAAUUGGUGUUUAAAUACCUUACYGAAGAUGAGUAUCGAGAACAAGGUGAAAGUGAAACUAUCAGAGCUCUGGAGGAGCUGCGCUCAUUCUGCAGGAGCCCUGACUUCCCAUCRUGGAUAGCUGUAUCCAAACUCCAGGCUCCACACAGGUUUGCAGCUUUUGUUCUGGGGUCUCCCCAUGUCUCACCUGCAGAAACAAAGGCYCAUGAUGAGCAGUAUGGCAUUGGGAGCUUCUUCCUGGAAGAGCAGCUGUUUGAGGCAAGGGCACAGCCUGAGCAAGAUGAGCAAGCCAAUUCCGUCCAUGAAGAAGAUGGGGAGAAUGAAGAUGAAAUGCAUACACAGGUUCCAUUUCCAUAUGCUACUGAGUUGCUCUGAGCUUUGAGAAAUAAGGGAAAAAAAAAGACAGAAAACACACUUGUCCUAGAAAGGGAGGAUACAGAAUGAGAACUCACACUUGGCCUUUUUUUGUGGUUGCUGGUGGAAAAAGAAGGAUUUUUGAAAAAACUGUUUCCUGUAUCACUGAUGUUACCUGAUUAGAGUAAUAGAAGGAAACCAUAGGGGCUGUUCAAGUGAAGAGSAAUCUCAUGCUAUUGGUAUUUGCACUGGGGAAGCAAACAUGUAUUUCCAGGGCAAGUACUGGAGGCAGCCUGUCCCACCAGGAUGCCUUGUUUUACCAAGGAUACUACCUCUAGAAAACAGAGAAUCUGUUUUGGCCCUUUCCACUUCAAGUCCUCUGUGCUGAGCACUAGAGGGAGGAAAAGCCAUUUUUAAUACUCUCUUUUUACUAAGUACCCUGUGUGUCAACACUUGUGAUAAUGCUGUUAGAGUGCCGAUAAACUGUGUUCCUUGUUGGUGAGACUUUUCAUAGAGAGUUAAUGCAGCUGAAUGAGGUUUGUUUCCUCUUCUGGCUGGGCUUGCUGUCUGUUAGCUUCAUCCUGUCUCUCCCAUUAGUUUUAAACUCCCCUUACCCCUCAGGAUACACUUUUCACCCUCUGCCCAUAUUCUGUUUUUGUUCCCUGCUGUACACGUACUGCAUUGUGUUCUUUCUAUGUCUUUGUUUAUUUAUGUAUUUUCUUCCCUCUUGUGCAGAUCCUUCUGCUAACCCUCUGCUUCUCCACCUCUGACAAUGCAGAUGAUUUAGAUUUUCCAUCCCCAAACRUUUUUGCUAUUGCCUUCAGAUUCAGUGUCAGCUUACCUCAGGCAGGUGCUGCUGUUCAUUCCAGGCCUCUCAAGAGCCCAGCAGAAAAGAACACAAGAGCUGAGGCUGUUUCAGCUGCUUGGAGAAACUGCUAUCAGCAGGGCCAAAGUGCUGCUGUGACCCUGGAACUGGGAAUGCAGAUAACCCAUACAGAGCUCCACUGGCCUCAGAGUACUCACUCAGCAAGAAGUAGAAAAUCAUUCCUGGCAAAACAAGGAGAGAGGAUACCYUCCCUUCCUUAGCUGUCUGUAGGACUUCUCACAGGAGAUGGGUGAGGAGGAAAAACAGAACAGGGAGAGAAAUUUAGGCAGUCAUGUGUCUUUCAGUUCAUGUAUUACACAGUCAUAGGCUAGGGAGUAGAGCAUGCACCCUCAGUUCAUCCACCUACAGAUGAAAUUUCCUUCUUUUGUUCUUCAGACUAUCUCUCCUUAUAUUCUUGUGUCCUCACUUUGCUAUUUUCCUUAGUGUCUCACAAACUGCAGAAAACAGAAGACCAUUAAGUCUGCCACCGUCUGAUCUUACAACCCCCCCAGGAACAGUCGGCGAUGGGGGGCAGUUAGUGUCCCAGAAGGAAGGGCAUGUCAGCCUGGGAUCUGUCUGCUUUAAAAGGGGUGYCUGUUCUUUGUGACAGGCCUAAUGGUGCAGCGUGACUUCAGCAGUGCAGCUGCUGUCCUGGGUUCUCCUUGUCCACCACUGUACCAGGGACAAAACCUGUUACCUUCAACGGUGCUAAGAGUGCAGCCAYACCACAAUCCAAGAGCUCUUCUGUGUAACAAGGGACUCAGAGUUGGUGCUUGAAAGCCUUAAAGCCUUACUUAUGUGGUCCUUUCUCCUUUAUAUUGCUUCAGCUUUGCUUCAUUUUAAAAUGAAGCACUUCCAUUUUACAAUAAACAGACAUUUAACACUCUUCUGUGCCAUCAAAUUGUAAGUACCUAUGCAGAAUCUAUAGCAUGUUCAGCAGAGGAAGCAGGUGAUCCAAAAUACACUCACUGUUAAGUCCACAGCAUUCAGAAACAGAGCAAGAGUCCUGUCUAGGAAGGCCAUUAGCAGUGAGACUCAUCCCUGAGAGAGGCUGCUCCUCCCAAAGCCACAGCUGCAUUGCCAGCCACACUCUGGAAGUCAGGUUUGGCUUGCGGGGGGGCUCAGGCACUAGCAAGAAGGAGUUGUGAAAACAGAGGAAAGCUUCAUUAUCUUGGAUGGUUUGGGAGAAGGGUGAAAACUGCCCCCUGAACAAUUGUCACAGACCAAAUGAGAUUUAURAGAUAAUCUUUGCCUGUGUCACCAUCAUGAAAAURGAGUACYUAAAAUUAUU